AUGGGGCGGAAAGAAAUCAUUUGCAGCUGGAAGAAAAGCAUCAGUAACAUCAAAGAUGUCUUUGACUUCAAGGCCAAAAUGGGAACAGGGUCUUUUUCUGAAGUCUAUAUGGUGAGAGAGAAAGCCACAGGGAAAUUAUUUGCUCUCAAAUGUCUCCGAAAGAAGCAUCUGGCUCACAGCAACCUGGAAAAUGAAAUCAAUGUGUUGAAAAGAAUCAAGCAUGAGAACGUUAUCGGUCUAGAGGACUUUUAUGAGAGCCGGACACACUAUUACCUCGUCAUGCAACUGGUAUCAGGAGGGGAACUGUUUGAUCGGAUUGUCGAUAAAGGUGUGUACACAGAAAAGGAUGCGAGCUCAGUGGUCAAACAGGUGCUCCAGGCGGUCAGUUAUCUGCACCAAAACUGCAUUGUACACCGUGACCUCAAGCCAGAAAACCUGCUGUACUUCAACUCGGACGAAAAUGCCAAAAUUAUGGUCAGUGAUUUUGGGCUGUCUAAGACGGUGGAGCACGGCGUCAUGUCUACAGCCUGUGGAACUCCAGGAUAUGUGGCUCCAGAAGUUUUGGCCCAGAAGCCCUACAGCAAAGCAGUGGACUGUUGGUCUAUUGGAGUCAUCACUUAUAUUCUGUUGUGUGGCUACCCUCCGUUCUUUGAGGACAGUGAAACGCGUUUGUUUUCAAAGAUAAUGAGGGCAGAGUAUGCUUUUCAUUCUCCAUUUUGGGAUGACAUCUCUGAAUCAGCCAAAGAGUUCAUCAGGAAAAUGAUGGAGAAGGAUCCAGCAAAGCGUUUCAACACAGAAGAGGCCCUCAGACACCCAUGGAUCGCCGGAGACACAGCCAAAGACCAGGAUAUUUAUCACUCUGUCUGUGAACAAAUGGAGAGGAACUUUGCCAAAUCAAAAUGGAAACAAGCCUUCAAUGCUACCUCAGCCAUCCACCAGAUGAAGAAGCUACAGUUAUCUCGCAGUGAACCCUCUCCCACUGCGGAAUCCCUACCUCAAAUAGUGGUCCAGAACUCCUCCCAGAACCCCCUCCGCAUCCCAGUCAAUACUGAUCCUAAUGGUAACAUGGUGACUGGUCAUCAGUCUGGUAACGAGCCGAGCAGAAGUCUGUGUCCCCCGCUCAGAACUACAAACAGUGAACCGGGAGGACAGUGCCAGUCUCCAGAGAUGUCCCGUGAGAUCCGCUCCUUUUAUUCUGAAAGUGACACCACCUACCAGGCUUCGCAAAUGUAA